AUGGGAGAGGCGGCCUUAACAGCGAUGAAAAGGCAGAUAAAAGGCGACGGCGAUGCUAGCAUAUAUCUGGCAGAUGACAUCAUAAAACUCUAUGGACUUUGCGAGCUGGAAGUUCCUCUUUUGGAGACUUCGUCUCAUUUUGGACGUGAAGACAAGGCGAAGUCUUCAUUCGAUCAUCAUAAGGGUCUUUUCGGUGGGCUUUCUAUGCUAAAAAUUAUCGCAGAUAAAUUUUCUUAUGGCUUGAUUGAGGCGUUCUCAAAGUUAAAAGUGCUGUUCGUGCACGCUUCAGGCACCAGGAUAUUGCUAUGGAGCCUGAAAUAUAUCAAGGAUGUUCCAGCAUACGAGCUGUGGUUAGAGAAAGCCCUUGAUAUUAAUCCCAAGUUUGGCAAAGGGGUUGAGCAGCUUCCUCAAGCGCUGAGUUUUUAUUGGAAACUGGAGUGUCUCUCGAGGUAG